AGCACAUACUAACCCGUGAAAACUCAUUCAUCAUGAACUGACUGUAUCAGUCAGGCUAGCCGUUAGCUUUACGCGCUAAACAGUGACAUGUGUCUGUCCUAACGUCACUCGAACAGCCGUAUCUAUUUAGCCGUAAUAUCAGCUGAUGAAAAUUUCUAAACUGAACGACAUUUUCCUGCCUGGUGUACUGGAAACCAACGUUAACGUAUCGUGUUAUGGGAGAUACACGGAGGUCAGACGAGCGGUGGGCUGUCGACUCAACAGUAACGUAGAAACAUCAUCCUAAAAGUGAAUCAUGCCUGGGAAACUUAAGGUAAAAAUUGUGGCAGGGCGCCACUUGCCUGUGAUGGACAGAGCCAGUGACCUUACUGAUGCUUUUGUAGAGGUUAAGUUUGGAAACACAACUUUCAAAACUGAUGUCUUUCCCAAAUCCCUCAAUCCACAGUGGAACUCAGAAUGGUUCAAAUUUGAGGUUGAUGAUGAGGACUUGCAGGAUGAGCCAUUGCAGGUCACCGUGUUGGACCACGACACUUACAGUGCUAACGAUGCCAUAGGGAAAGUUUACAUUGACAUUGACCCGCUGCUGUGCAGUGAGGCUGCCUCUGUCAUCUCUGGCUGGUUUCCCAUCUAUGAUACCAUCCAUGGUAUUCGAGGGGAGAUCAAUGUCCUAGUCAAAGUGGAGCUUUUCAACGAUUUGAACCGCUUCAGACAGUCCUCCUGUGGGGUCAAGUUCUUCUGCACCACAUCCAUUCCACGGUGCUACAGGGCAGCAAUGGUGCACGGGUUUGUGGAGGAACUUGUGGUGAAUGAAGAUCCAGAGUACCAGUGGAUCGACCGAAUAAGAAGUCCUCGGGCCUCCAAUGAGGCCCGUCAGAGGCUCAUCUCUCUCAUGUCUGGAGAGCUGCAGAGGAAAAUAGGGCUUAAGGUACUGGAGAUGGGUGGGAAUGCGGUGGUGGGCUACUUGCAGUGUUUUGACCUGGAGGGAGAGUCGGGCCUGGUGGUCCGGGCCAUAGGUACUGCCUGCACACUGGACAAACUCAGCUCUGGAAGCGCCCCCAACUCCAACACACAUAUGCACCCUAACACAGCCCCUGCUUCCAAUGCCUGCAAUUCCCCUUCUAAGGAUGGAAAGGAGCCGGUAUUUGGUGAGGACCUGACCUCGUCCUCCGGCCCGCCAACCCCUUUCAGAGCCCUUCCCACCACCUCCUCCUCUCCUCCCCCCUUCUCUCCCUCCAAGCCAUGCAGCCGCCAGUCCUCAUCAUCAGACACAGACCUCAGUUUGACGCCCAAGACGGUGGAGACAGUGAGAAGCACGCGUGGGAUCUUCCUCUGCCCCAGCUCCCCCACCCUCUCCACGGACACUCUGUCCCUUGUUGGCUCUGGCUCAGUGGGCUGUGGUCAUGGCUCUGCCCCUAGAGCCACCACCCCACCUCCCUCCUCCAUUCCCUCAGACACUGUCUUGCUGAGAAAGAGCGUGUCCUUCACUGAGGACCUGCUGCUGGCAGCCUCUGGAAUGGGCAGUGGGGGCAGCGUCGGGAAGGAGGCAGGGCCUCUGAAGACCCUGCUCAGACAGCAGACGCAGACGGCUCUCGAGCAGAGGGAGUUCCCCUUCUUCACCUUGACGUCUUUCCCACCUGGUUUUCUGCUUCAUGUCGGUGGAGUGGUCAGCGCCCGCUCUGUCAAACUACUGGACCGUAUACACAACCCUGCCUUGGGUAACACACGCUCAUACAAACUGCUAGACUGGAAUAGUGUCACUGCAGAUGAGCCAGAGACUCGCGACGCCUGGUGGGAGGAGAUUCGCCAGGAGAUCAAAUCUCAUGCCAAAGCUCUUGGUUGCCAUGGUGUUGUGGGGUACAGCGAGAGCACUAGCAUCUGUGAGGAGGUGUGUAUCCUGUCAGCAUCAGGCACAGCAGCCAUCCUGAAUCCUCGGUAUAUGCGUGAAGGCUGCCUAGACAUCGGAAUCUCAGACCACAGGUUCGAGGAGCCAUCUCCCCCGAGCUGCGGCUUCUGCCACAUCCCGUAUGAUGAGCUCAACAUGCCCUUUCCGGCCCAGCUCACCUACUGUUACCACUGCAGGCGACAAAAGGUUCCUGAUGUGCUGUUCACAACAAUCAACCUUCCACAAGAAGCAGCUGUCACAGGGAAGGGCUGCCUUAUCCAGGCCAGGCUGUGUCGUCUAAAAAAGAAGGCCCAGGGUGAAGUGAAUGCGACGGCCAUCUCCAACCUGCUGCCUUUCAUGGAGUACGAGCUGCACACUCAGCUGAUGAACAAGCUGAAGCUGCGGAGCAUGAACGCUCUGUUUGGCUUACACAUACAGAUCAGUGUCGGAGAGAACAUGCUCCUGGGUCUGGCUUCUGCUACAGGAGUGUACCUUACAGCCUUGCCGGCACCAGGGGGCAUCCAGAUUGCGGGGAAGACUACUGGUGACCUGAGCAAUGAGCACCACAUCCUCACCAUCCAGAAAAGGAUUAAUGACACAAUAGCCAAGAACAAAGAGCUCUAUCAAAUAAACCCUGUGGAGCUGACAGAGGAAGUGGUGGGUUCUCCGAUUCCUGAGCCAAGGCAACGAUCCAGACUUUUCCGCUCCCACUCAGAAAGCUCAGAUGAGCUGUCAGAACUGGACCUCUCCCAUGGCAAGAAGGAUGCCUUUGUCCUGGAGAUUGAUGAUACUGAUGCUGUGGAGGACAUUCACUCCCUCCUCACUGAUGCCCCUACCCCCACAGGUUUCUACAGCUGCAACACUGAGAUCAUGCCUGGGAUUUACAGCUGGACGUCAGGAGUUCAGAUGUUUACAUCGGUGAGGGUCUUUAGGUUGAGUAAUGCCAGUCUUACUAACCAAGGCUUGAACAAGAUCUUCACUGACCUAUGUGAGAAUCUGCUAAAGAGUUUCUACUUCAAGUUGCGCUCUAUGAUCCCCUGCUGUCUGUGUCAGCUCAACUUCACUGUAGCAGUGCCAGAAGAAGAACUUAUACAGGUUGCUGUGACAGCAGUUGCCAUGACGUUUGACAAAGACCAGGCUCAGGAAAAGCCAGCGGACAAGCCCACCACCAAAGGAGGAAGUGAGACUGAAGAGCAGCUGCAGUUUCCCAUGGAGUUAUGUGCAGAUGCGUCAUCCGCCAACACUCAGCCAUCAUCCAAAAUCUCAGUCUCAUCUUUGGAGCACUGCAGUCCGCUGCCUGAGGGACGUUCCCGCUCGUUGCGCUCCAACCGCUCGUUCAGGGGCAGUCCAGUCACCGUGGUGAAGAUGACGCCGCUCUCCUUCCUCCCCGGGACACGCAUCAUUAAAUACCUUGGGAUCAUCAACAUGUUUUUUAUCAGAGAGACAACCUCAUUACGGGAGGAAGGUGGUGUCAGUGGCUUCCUCCAUACAUUCAUAGCAGAGGUGUUUGCGAUGGUUCGAGCCCAUGUAGCAGCCCUGGGUGGCAAUGCAGUGGUGUCCUACAGCAUGAAAGAGUGUAUGUUAAUGGAAAAUCCAAACAAGAACCAGGCUCAGUGUCUCAUUAAUGUGAGUGGUGAUGCCGUCAUCUGUGUCAGGGAAACGGACCAGGAGCCCAAUCCCUCAAUGACAAAUAUCGGACAGACCUGCGCUAGCGGAAUAGAUGGGGCUACAUGACAGUGUAACACAGAGCUUCACUUUGUCUGCAGGACACACUAUCUAAGUAAAUAUGCUCGCUAAGUCUAGCCGUCCAAAUUUGAGUCAUUUAUGUCUGCCUUAAAACUGUAAAAGAUCCAAAGGUUUGGACACAGGUAAUAAAGAACAAGUACUCACACACUCAAAAGCAUGCAGUCUGGAUUAAUAUGGAAGUACAGGAUGUGUCUCUGUGUUUUUCUAUGUUUAAAGAGAGCAUUUGUGCUGGAGAUACUAAUGUAGCUCAACGUCAAAGGACCCCUCUGCAUCUAACUUUUGCCUAUGUGUUACAUCCGUCCAUAUUUGGGGUCACCCAGAGCUACAGUAUAUUGGCCAUUCCUUUGUGUGGGCACAAGUGAUGCUUGAGGCAGUUAUGACUAAUUUUUCCAUCCAUAGCUCACAGCUCAGCUCAUUAAAUGGCCAAGCAAAAAGGGACACAGUUGUAUACCAUCAAAUAAUUUAUAAACAGUCAGAUUCUCAUUCAGUGUUAAGCUCUGUUGUGAGUAACUUGCAGAUUAAAGGCCCGCCUGCUCAUUUCAGAGUGGCCACAUAAUGACUGCAGAAGUAUUACAAUUUCAAAAGCUGGUGCUCUUCCUCAAAAUAGAAAAUUCUCAUUAGAAUGGAAAUUUUGAAACUAGAAUCUAAACAAUCCUGUGAUGCCAUUUUGUUUAAAUCAUGUUAGUUGGUGUCCAGUUUUAUGUCAAAAUUAGAUUUUUUUAUUUUCCUAAUUACUGUCACAGUAUUGCUCACAAUCAGUUUCCUAUAGAUAAUCAAAUUUCUUCAUAAAGUGUAAAAUAAUGAUAUAAGAAUAAAUAAUGUUUCAUCUAUAAUAAAAAAACAAAACAGGCCAGGAUUACUGGUUUAUGCACGUAUUUUUGUAGGAGAAGAAUUUUCCUUUCAGAACAGUGAUUACCCUAUAUUCCAGUGAAUAUUUUAUAAAUUGAAACUAUUAGAAUUUGUAUUGCUUCAUCUUAAAAUGGUCAAAUCAGCAAUAGCAAAAUCAUGUGUAUGCCUUUUUAUUUACUGUGAUUGUUAUAAUGUGACCCUUUGGGGUCUAACACCAGGGAUGUUUCAGAGGAUAAAGUAUUUGGGCUCCUUCUGACUGAAUUUGCAGUGUGUACUGAAGCAACUCUUGCUUCACUUGCAGCUCUAGGAUCAGUUCCUCUUGUUGAUGCUUCUUGCUGUCAGUGUCAGAUUUCACAUACCAUUGUCAAGCUUCAUCACUUUUGCUUUGGCACUCGUGUUCUGAAUAUUAAUCUUGCUACUGAUCUGUCCAUCUUGACAUUCAUGUCCAAUGCUGGAAAGAAACACUGUAUAAAUGUUCUUUAAAAUCAGAUUUUAGUAUUUUUGUAACAUAAAAUGUAUGGAACCUGCUCAUUUUGCCUGUGCAAUGGAUUCCUGAUAUUUUGACUCACUGUGUCUGAGAAUUAGUGGUACUCUAAUCUGUUUGUGAUCAGUUUAAUAUAUUUGUGUCGAAAACUUGAAUGUACAUAGAUGCUUUUUCUUUCUGACUAGCAGCAUGCAGACCCAGUUUUUAUGGCUAUGAAUCUGUAUGCAUGUCGGGUAUGUCUUGCAAAAUAAACUCCGUCAAACCAA